AUGUCUCCCACGCCCGGCAUCCUCUAUGUGACUAUGCAACCGAAGCCCUCUCUCCCACUAGACAAGUUCCACGACUGGUACAACAACGAACACGGCCCUACCCGACUUCGCCUCCCCUUCGUCUCAAACGGAUUCCGGUACCGCGCCAACGACCUCGAGGUCGGGAGCACCGGCUCCGCUGAGAAGCCGGAAUGGAUGGCCAUCUACGACAUCGCCGACAUGGCCGAGCUCACCCGGGAUGCCUACCUGCGGCUCCGGGACCCGCCGGUCAAGAGCCCGCGCGAGGCAGACACCAUGAAGGAGAUCACGGUGGACCGGAAACUGUACGACCAUCUACAAACCUGGGCGAGCAAGGACUUCACCGCGCUGGAGGAGGUGCAGAACGAAGGGCGGGGCAACGUGGUCGUGGCGGUGUUCCUGACGCUGCAGCCGGGCGAGGAGAACAGCGUCGAGAUCGAGAAGUGGUACCAGGAGGAGCACGUCCAUAUGCUGUCGAAGAUCCCGGGUUGGCUGCGCACGCGCCGGUUCGUCACGAGCAGCAUCGACAAGAGCGCCGCGGUGGAAUAUCUGGCGCUGCACGAAUACGCUCCCCAGAACGGGCUCGGCGGGGAGGAGUUCCAGGCCGCCGUGUCGACGGACUGGUCGAAGAAGAUUAUGACCGGCACGUCGGUCGUCAAGGGUAAGAGGAGACGGGUCUACGACUUAUACUACACCUUUGGGCCAGCGCCGCGGUAUCUUGCCUCGAACCUCGCGAGUUGGGAGUCCUCGGAUGUGAAGAGCUCAAUUACGAGGACGAUGCCGGAGUCGAGCGGUGGGUUUGGCGCUAUCGAGAGCUUCGUUACCAUGAGAGAUGGGGUGGAACUCCCCUACCGCCUUGAAGGAUCGCAGGAGACAGACGCGCCGCUGAUCGUCCUGAGCAAUUCCAUCUUGGUGGACUACGGGAUCUGGGACGGGUUCCUGGCGGCGUUCUUCGCGGUGCCGGCGAACAGGAAAUACCGCGUCCUGCGCUACCUCACGCGCGGCCGGUCGUCCUCGACCGGCAGCGAGAAAGUCACGGUGGAUGUUUUGGCAGCCGACAUCAUUACCCUACUGGAUGCGCUGCGGGUGAAGAAGGCAGCGGCCGUCAUUGGCGUCUCGCUAGGGGGCUGCACGACCCUCAACACGGCGCUGAAAUACCCUGAACGCGUAGCCGCUUUCAUAUCCUGCGACACGUCUUCCAAGUCCCCCGCGGGCAACUCGAAGGCGUGGGGAGAGCGCAUCGCGCUCGCGGAGAAGGGAAACGCAUGCGCGGCCUCGGGGGAGAAGAUCGUGGGCGACGAACUGGCGGAGAUCACUACGCGCCGCUGGUUCGUACCUGAGAGCUACGACGGCGGCGCGAUGGAGAAGACGUGUUUGAGGGUCAAGGAGAUGGUGAAGAGCAAUAGUCUAGAGGGUUUCAAGAGCAGCGUGAAUGCGCUGUUUGAGUAUGAUCUCCGGGAGGCCAUGAGGGGGAGUCAAGUCAAGGGCGCGUUUGUGGUGGGUAGCAAGGACGGCGUGCUGCCGGGCACGAUGAAGGAGAUGGCUGCUGCGUAUGGGGAGGGGGCGGGGGCGGGGGCGGGGGCGGGGGCGGCCUAUGAGGUUAUCGAUGGCGCGGGACACCUGCCUAUGGUUGAGAAGCCUGGGGUGUUCGCGGAUGUUGUUACGAGGUUUUUAGGGUAG